GUCAUGAUCAUGAAUGAUGACCUCGUUAGAUUAGAAUAAAAACUAAAAAUAUUCAUUAAUGAUGACUGAGCGACGAUGAAUUUUGAUAGAAAAAUGCUAAAUGCGUUGUUUAUGUGAUGAUUUUUAAUAUAAUUUUUAAGAAUGCCAAUCCAGGCGCCACAUUGGACAGAUUAUCUGAACUGUCCAGUGUGCUGUCGAGAAUUUGGUCCCUCACCUCAUAGCCCUAUUAGUCUUGGAUGUGGACACACUUUUUGUGAACAAUGCUUAACAAAUUUAAAUAGAAAACAUUGCCCCUUUGACCAGACCCAAAUCCAAGGAGAGCCAGAGGAAUUGGCAAUAAAUACAGCAUUGCUACAAUUAGCUGGAUACACACCGCCACCACAACCAGUCCAUCCACGAUCAAUUCAGGCUUUGUCUGAAACUGAUCAGCAAUCAUAUGAUGUCAUUAUAAGGUCUCUCGAACACCUAGCCAUAGAUCUCAAAUUAUGUGGAAAUAAUAGUAUUGGAAAUCGUCUAUCAAGACCUAUGCAGCGUAAGCUUGUUACACUACUCCAAUGUGCUAUAAGUGACGAGGAUGGGCGAGGCAGGGCUGCUCGAGCUGCUAGAUCACUUGGUGAAAGAUCUGUUACUGAAAUCAUAUUACAGCAUCAGAAUCCUCAGCAGUUAAGUGCAAAUCUUUGGGCAGCUGUAAGAGCACGUGGUUGCCAGUUCCUUGGACCAGCCAUGCAAGAAGAAGUUUUAAAAUUGAUACUAUUAGCAUUAGAAGAUGGAUCCCCUUUAUCACGUAAGGUACUGGUGAUGUUUGUAGUCCAAAGAUUAGAAGGAGACUUUCCUCAAGCAUCUAAAACUAGCAUAGGUCAUGUAGUUCAGCUGUUAUAUAGAGCAUCCUGUUUUAAGGUAUCGAAACGCGUAUGUGAUUCAUCAUUGAUGCAACUAAAGGAGGAAUUUCGUACUUAUGAAUCGUUACGAAGAGAGCACGACGCACAGAUUGUACAGAUCGCGACGGAGGCUGGACUUAGGAUAGCACCGGAUCAGUGGAGUGCCCUUUUAUACGGAGACACGGCACACAAGAGUCAUAUGCAAAGUAUUAUAGAUAAAUUACAAACGCCGUUGUCAUUUGCUCAGUCCAUACAAGAAUUAUGUAUUGCACUCCAAAGGUCUGGGGAUCCAUGUAACCUUGUUGUUAUGACAUUGCCUCUAGACAGACUAGCAAGCGUUGAUCCAAAUCCAGAUGCAGAAAGUCCAACGUGGCAACAACUAGCUGAAAUAAUAAUUGCUGUAAAAGAUGUUGUGUCGGGGCUUGUUAUUUACUUACAACAACAGAGCAAUGGGCGUGAAAGCAAUUGCAAUCAGAAACCAAUUACCACUAAGGAGACAUCUGAAAAUGCUACAAGUACAUCGACACCGGCUGGUGUCACUUCACCAACUCCGACUUAUCAACCGAUGCAUUGUCUUGAAGCAGCUACCAGAUCAUCGUGUCCUAUUGGCAGCCGGUGCCUCUUCGUUCAUUUCGACGACGACAUUGAAAGGUAUAGACAGGCUCAAAUGACUGCACAAACUUUUAAUUCAACAAAUUUACAUUGUAUGUCAGUCCCUCCACCAACACUGGGGUACAUGCACGUAUACAAGAGUUACCCACCACCGCAAUCAUCUGUAGUGCUGCGUCCGCCGAUGCAAGCCUACCCUCUGAAUCCACACCACAUGCCGGGAACAUUGCCGACCAUGCAGGUAUCGCCGACGCAACAGGAGAUGGCGGCCAAUUCAGCUGUGAAGAACUCCCAAGAAGGAUGGCAUCAUCCAAUGAACUAUGCUUCUGCGGUGAGGCGUAAUCAGACACAGGUUGUUGCUGGACACAACAACUUGCCAAUUUCGUCUGCUGAAAAAUACGCGCAGUACAGCGAAGUAACUGGCGCUGUGAUGAACGAAGACGCAAGUUCAAUAAUUUAUCAGCGUCCAGAGUAUUUUAACACCAUGUACCAGACUCCGAAAUCAGGGAUGUACGAUCCACAUUACCAAGGCAAUAUGCACCCGACGCAGCUCUCCGUGUAUGUGCCUAUGUAUCCGGAGUCUAACACAUAUGGCAACAACAUAGGGCGUCCUGCAAAUUUGACUAUUGCUUCGGGCCUUGGGGAAGUGAUGCAUUUCCCAACAGCGAGUGACGUACAAGGACCGUCUGAUACGGCUUACAAAUUUAAAGCCAUGAUGGAGGCCCUGCCAAAAUUAACGUCGCAAACGCCGUCGCCAACGGCCAACAAUGCAGCGACUGUGGAUAGGCGUGCAGUUGGUGCAGAUAGACUGCGCCCUGUUGGAAUAAAAGGAUUCAAUGCAAUGUAUAAUUCUGCUGAGGCUACGGAGAAGCAGAAAGACGAGCAUGAAUUGGAUCUUGAAUUGGAGGCAAUCCAGCAGCGUAUCCACACAGAGUUCUAGGCAUCAGCCGAAUUCAAUCUUGUUUUAUUCAACUAUUUUUUAUUUUUUAUUCUCCUUUUUUUGUCAAUGAUUUUGACUCAACGGUUUCAAAAGUAUUAAACUGAUACUGCUCAAUUAAUGUAUUGAGAAAGUUUAUUUUCUUUGAUUGUUCUAACGUUAUUCGUCAUUCGAUUUCAUUAUUUUAUUGAUCAUCUUCACAUUUUUCUUUCUAUAUUUGAUAGAAUUUAACGCUUUCACUAAAUAGGAAACACGUGGGUUAAAUUCUUUGGACUUAUUAUAUUUUUUUUUAAUUAACAUUUUUUUAAUGAAUUACGAUUUUGUGUUUAUGUCGUCAUUUGUGUAAUUGCAAAUCUAACAAAUUUUGGCCUUUAGCGUGUUGCUUUAUCAUUCAGUUCUACCCGUUAUACACAUUGUUUGAAAGAACGUCUGUUAUUAAUACAUGUUCUGAUUGUACUUACUUGGUGAUUUAAUAUGCAUGUUUAUUAAGUAGAACUUACUAGUUUUCAUACAAUUUCUAUGCUUAUAUGGAUGAUAUAUGUUAGUAACAGAACUUAAUGUUUUAGAAUUGUUAUAUGUAUAACAAAGCACAGGAGGAGCUCGACAUAGUAAAGUGCAACAAUUGUAAGAUGUGAGCACAUUGGAAUUAGGUAAAGGGGUAACGGAAUAAAAGCCAUACACAGUAGAAUCUGUAACUCUUAACUUUAAUUGAUCCGCGAAAAUACUUCAUUCAGCACAUCUACUAGUUUGCCGCAGCGACAAGAGCUAUCAAAGAUAAUACGCAUUUUGCGGUCAGAAACGGUCGCCCAGACGUUCUAAGCGGUUAUUUUCUGCUAAGUGCACUCGCUUUACUAAGCGACGAAACUAUCGGAACCACACUCAAUUUCAGCUGCUCUUAACUCGUUGGAAGUUUCUAACUCUACUCGGUCCUCGUUAAUCGCUGGCGAGAAGACAACUGCCUGCAAGGAUCACGAAUCCCUUUUCUGAGAGUCUGUUUUUCUUUCGUCCUUUAACUUUAUUUCAUCGUUUGUAGACACAAAGAUAUGUGGUCACGACAGAGCACAGUGUGAAGGAUCCCUAAGUAGUUGUUGUAUGAUUAUAUACUCGUACUAUAUUAUGUAGCAAUGCACUUUAGGUAUAUAUCUACUACCACUUUGAUGCUAUAUCUGCUCAAAGAUAUUUAUAAGAGACUUAUUCUUACUCCAUAUUGUGUCAAUGUUGUUCCUAUGUACGCGUUUUGUAUACUAUAAUUCCGUUUAAAUAUCGUAUAGAAAGGGCCAAAUAAAAACCUUUUGCAUUCGCAAUGAAGUUUAAAGUAAAUAUUUUCUCUUAUGCAAUACACCUAAUAUCUUCCAUUUCUUUUAUAAUAGCAAUGUUCACAUUGUUUACGUUUUGUUGAGUAUAAUAAUUUAUCAUGUUUAUCCUUAUCAAUCAAUAAUUUCUAAAAUUUUCGAUCGCGUAUGACCUUGACUGAAUUUUAAUGGGAGGGAAACGAAUAAAAUUUACAGGAAAUUGUCUGAAACGUAGGCUAACACGAGUAUAAAUACUUGUUUCAAGAAAUGUUGCGAUUGUUAGUCUUAAGAGUAACACCUACAUAUAAUUUAUAUUAAAUUAUUCAAUGCUUUGAAUGGCAUUAAAAAUUAUAUUCAAAAAAAUUAAAUGGAAAGAGGGUAGGUGUAUUUUUUAACUUGUAAUGCGACUAAGGCUGUUGUUUACAUUAUAUAAUAUAAUGUAUUUAUUAUUAGGCUGUUACUAAAAGAUGCAUCGGACGGUCAAAUAAGCUCUUGUUUUAGAUGAGUUAUUAAUUUUUAUUGCCUAUUUGUUUAUAAAUUAUGUUGCACACGACACAUGACGCUAUUGUGUCGUAAAGUUUUGAGUUUAAUAUUAUUUUACUGAGUUUGUACAAUGUAAUAUUAAAAAAGCAAUUUUUUAGUUGGUUCAAAUUCAAAUUUUAAUUAGUUUUUAAUACAUAAUCUAUUAUCACGUAAAAUGAUUAUAAUAUAUUUACGGGUCCUAUUUGAAACUAUGAAAUUGUUUUUUUUUUUAAUUUAAUUUCUUCUAUAUUAAAAGAUAAUUUGCUUCCUAAUGAUAUCGUCUUAAAGGUCAUUUAUUUUACGAUAAUAAUUCCUUGAGAAGUCUUCUUCAUGUCAUUCGAAUCACUACCAUCACUUUCGAAACAGAUUGAUUUUUUAAAUACUGAUUAUGUUAAAAUUAAUGUUUGAUUUAUUUUGAGUUAUGUUAGGUGAUAUUUAAAAAUUAACUUAUUUUUAAAUUAAAUGAUAUUAAUUUUUUUCUAGGAAAAAUAAAUGAUUUUUUUAUUGUGAAAGUCUGUUUAAAGACUUAACGCCAGCGCAGUUAAUAGUUUCCAUAAUGCGAAUUGAGUUUAAGGUUGGCAGAUGUUCGUGGGAACUAAUUUGUUAUUAUUGAGCUGGCGUUUUGUUGUUUUUUGUAUUUUUAAAGCAACGUUCCUUUAUCAUUUGCUUACUUUUUUUUUGAGUCAAUGAAGUUAUUUUUUGUGAGUUACAUGACGACUUAGUGUUAAGUUUUAAAGUUUUUAUUAUCUUUAUGGUGUUUUUUCUUUAUUUAAAAACAUCACCAAAUAAAGUACGAAUAUUUUUUUAAUUUUUUGUUUAUCUUUUAUAUAAGAAUUCCAAGACAUAUCCAUCCUGACUGUCCUGUUUAUUAUAUAUUAUGUUAAUUCCGAAUUGUACAAAAUUAUGUUACCUUAUUGUAUAUAUUUUAAAAUAGUUAAACAAAACCACCUCAAAGGAUUCUUAGAUGGAAACAUUUUAGUCUGUUGUCGGAUUGCAUCUUUCAGUAAAAUUAUUGUAAUUAAAUUAUUCGAGAUAUCGUUUCUCGAAUAUGACAUCGUAGCAUUUGUUUAAGAAUGCAUAGUUUUUAGUCCAGGUACCAGCAAAGCUGAUGACAAUUUGUUUUUAUAUGGAAGUAGAAUAGUGAGCGUGUGGAUCGGGUCACCUGCAACUGUCAUCAUGCAACUUUUCAAAUGCACUUUUUAAAAUAAUAAUUUCAUAUCGAACUCGGAAUCACAAUGAAAGUAAAAUAGUCGAUCGUGCCAGUUUUUUAAUCAACGCCAUCAAAAUGCGUUUAUUUCUUUACUUAUGGUUUAUAUUAUAACUUUAUUGACACUUGAAACUUCUUAACCUUCUGGUAAAUCAUAAGAGAAAUGUCACAAAACUUCUACCAUAUUAAAUGGGUCCCCGAUUGACAUAUCCGUAUGCUGUCUGUGCCUCGUCAGAAUUAUUUUCAGAAUGUACGAUAUGGAUAAAUAUAAAUCUAAUAUGUAAGUUUCACUAUUGCAUAUAUUAACAAGGGAUCGCCUUUUAUGAAUUAUCUUUAUAAAUGUCUAAUAUAUAUGUGUAGUACCUAUAGUCCCAGUAUCUGUGUCUAUAGUCUCUUGUAUCUGUAGUAUCUAUCAGUGUAUACGAUUGUUAUGUUUAACAAUACAUAACAUCGCAUAGUUAUAUUUCAAUAAAUGUUUGUGUAUGA